AUGGCUAAGAUCAAAUCCAUUGAGCACUUCCGUGUAAAGCCCCGCUGGCUGUUUGUCAAAGUCACCGAUGAUGAAGGGCGCUUCGGUUGGGGAGAGGGAACAUUGGAAGGGCAUUCUCUUGCUGUUGAAGGGGCACUCGAUGAAAUUAUCGCUCGAAUUGUGGGAUACGAAGCGGAUGAUAUUCAACACAUUUGGCAGACAAUAUGGCGGCUUGGGUUCUACCGGGGUGGUCCGGUAUUUAUGUCAGCUCUAUCGGGGAUUGACAUCGCCUUGUGGGAUCUGAAGGGCCGGAAGCUGGGUGUCCCGGUCCACGAGCUCCUGGGUGGAAAGGUACGCCAGAAGGUGCAGGUUUAUGCCUGGAUUGGAGGUGACCGACCAAGUGAUGUUGAGGCUGCAGCGAAAGAGCGAAUCGCCCAAGGCCUCAAGUGCAUCAAGAUGAAUGCAACCGAAGAUGUCAACUGGCUCGACUCGCCGGCCGUUCUACAGUCCUGCGUAGAGCGAUUGAAGCAGGUGAAGGCUCUGGGUCUUGAUGCCGGUCUGGACUUCCACGGUCGCUUGCACAGGCCUAUGGCCAAACAGCUGGCCAAGGCACUGGAACCUUACCAGCCUCUGUUCAUCGAAGAGCCUUUGCUGUGCGAGCACCCCGAAGCGAUCAAGCAACUCUCCGAGCAUACUACGAUUCCUAUUGCAUUCGGCGAGCGCUUAUACACUAGGUGGGACAUUAAGCGGUUCUUGGAGGAUUCGUCGGUAGAUGUUCUACAGCCUGAUAUUGCCCACGCAGGAGGUAUCUCCGAAACUAUGCGUAUCUCAAACAUGGCUGAAGCAUACGAUGUCGCUAUCGCGCCUCAUUGUCCUCUGGGCCCGAUCGCCUUGGCAGCAUCCCUCCAAGUGGCCGUGUCGAUACCCAAUUUUGUCAUCCAAGAGAUGUCGCUAGGCAUGCAUUACAAUGUUGAAGCUGGGGAUAUCGAUCUGAAUAGCUACUUGUUGGAUAAGACCGUCUUUGAUAUCACAGAGGGAUAUGUUGCUGCACCCUCUAAGCCCGGCUUGGGAAUUGAUAUUGACGAAGACAUGGUACGGAAGAUCAGCAAGGAGACAGAGCCUUGGCGGUGUAAGGAGUUCUAUGGACCGGAUGGCUCUAUUCGUGAGUGGUAA